GACAUGCUUUCGGAACAGAGCGUAGCCCCGGGUGCAGGAUGGGAGCCAAUGAGUGCACAGCUGGAUGCAGCGGAACCCGGGUCAGAAAGAGGAGCCCGGGAAGAGGGCCCGUGGAGAACAGCACCAAGGCCGCUGGAGCACCUUCACGGUGGUCUUGAAGACGAGACACUGUCCCUUCAGGAGAAGGCUCCGUCUGCUCCCUGGGUUCCUGCCGUCCCCCAGGAGGGGGACACUGGAGACUGGGAAAUGGCAGCCGCACUUCUUGCAGCUGGGUCCCAGGGCUUGGUAACUAUCAAGGAUGUGUCCUUAUGCUUCUCUCAGGAGGAGUGGCGGAGCCUGGACCCCUCCCAGACAGACUUUUACGGAGAAUAUGUCAUGCAGGAAAACUGUGGGAUCGUCGUCUCUCUGAGGUUUCCCAUCCCCAAACUGGACAUGCUUCCUCAGCUAGAAGGAGGAGAAGAACAGUGGGUCCCUGACCCCCAGGACGUAGAGGGGAGGGACAUCCGGAAGGUCACGUAUGCAGAAGAUGGAGGUGAACCCAAGGGUGAUACCCCUGAGCUAGAGGCAGAACCUUCCAGAACAUUAUCCAGUAUGUCUGAAGAAACUGUUCUCUGGAACCCAGGACAGGGUCCAAGCUGGAGGUCCAUGCCCAGCAGUUCCACAGGAACGCUCCCAAGCCCACGGUUCCUUCAGGAGGCCAGCGUCUCUCAUCUACGCAGCACAGACUCUCUCUUAAAACCACACACGUGCCCUCAGUGUGGGAAACGGUUUGUGUGGGGUUCCCACCUUACCCGACACCAGCAAACACACACUGGAGAGAGGCCCUACAGCUGCCUCAAGUGUGAGAAAAGCUUUGGGCGAAGGCAUCACCUGAUCAGGCACCAGAAAACCCAUCUGCACGACAAGCCAAGCAGGUGUCCUGAGUGUGGCAAGACUUUCCGAUGCAGCUCCCACCUGGCCAGCCACCAGAGAGUGCACGCGGACAGCAAGUCCUGCAAGGGCCAAGAGAUUGGAGAGAGUCCUGGGGCUCAGUGUGCCCCGCCAGUGCCAAAGUGCCACGUGUGCACGGAAUGUGGGAAGAGCUUUGGCCGAAGACAUCACCUAGUGAGACACUGGCUGACCCAUACUGGGGAGAAGCCCUUCCAUUGCCCUCGCUGUGAGAAGAGCUUUGGCCGUAAGCACCACCUGGACAGGCACUUGCUGACCCACCAGGGACAGAGUCCUGGGAGCAGCUGGGACAGAGGGACAUCUGCCUUUUGAAAUCUCUCUCUUCGGUAGCUGCAGUGAUAUCUGUAAGCCGGUGCUACCAGCAGCCACUGCCAGGCCGUCCCUCUCCUGUACCCAGAGAACGGGAGCAUUUCUCACCUCUUCUGUGAGACAACGUGCGAAAACAGAGUUCUUUGGGCAAAAUUUGGGGAAAUGGUGCAAAUUCUGUUUGUGCCUAUUCAUCCUGAACCUACUCUCAAGGGUACAGCGGAACCAGCAGUGAUGGUUGAGGUCUAUGCGGUACCAAUUUCUAAAUAUUUACUCUACAGAGAGAAAAGGUGAAAGGGUCCGUUGUGAGUAUAUCAAGGGCUCUGAGAUCCUCCACAGAUGGCUUCUAUUUGUGUAAUGUUUCCUAAAUUUGUUUGGCCCAAGGAUCUAUUUCAUAUCCCACAGAAUGGAUGACUCCAUGAAGUUUACUUCUGUGAGCACUGGGCUAAACUGCAAGGAGGAAACAGGAAAAGAGAUGGUGACCAGGCAUUCGGAGCCUGAGAGCCAGGGGCCAGACAUUCUCUGUGGGUCUGCCUCUCUUCCCCCGUGAUUACACACCUCUCACUCCUACCUCUGCAAAGUAUAGAGUGACCGUUCACUCGAAAUUCAUAUUCCCCUCAUCCUGCACAUACACACACACAAACACACACGUGCACACACA